GAUUUAUCCCAAAUCGAAGAAUCAUAUAGAGAGGCCAUUUUAUCAACUAUAAAAGGGACCAGAAAUCGGCAAAAAGCCCUAGAAAGAUUCAAUCUUUUUUUUUGGAGCUGGUCUGGAGCUCGGAGCUUUAGCAGUGCAGCGGGCUGAUUUGAACCAGAAGUGCACCACGUUAGCAACAACUUUAAGGGUUUUCAGAUUUAAUCAUGUGCAAGUUGUAGGCGUGUGUUUGUAGCAGUGAGUUAAACGUUAGAGAGGAGCUAGGUCUUCCUUCUCUAUGGCGGCAUCAUUCAGGUGGUUGUUGCAACUACAUAAAGACGUUCCCAAAGCUGCAAGAUUCUACUCGGAGGGGUUGGGUUUCACUGUCAACGUAUGUACCCAUCGUUGGGCUGAACUUGAAUCCGGCCCCCUCAAGCUAGCCUUAAUGCACACAUCCAGUGAAAAUACGUCACAGAAAGGAUAUUCUUCUCUGUUGUCAUUCACAGUGACAGAUAUUAAUAGCACAGUAACAAAACUAAUGACUUUAGGAGCAGAAAUGGACGGCUCCAUCAAAUACGAGAUACAUGGAAAGGUUGCAGCAAUGAAGUGUGUAGACGGGCAUAUGUUGGGCUUAUACGAACCAGUUUAAGACAGUUGAAAAUGGAAGUUGUUUGUGAGAUUAAAUGCUUUUGAAAUUAUCUCAUCAUAGAUUUUCAAAACAAAUAGAGAGGAAGGUCAGUCAGUGACAAGGAAAUACAUAAAACACACACUCAUCUAAAAUCCUCCACAUUAGUACAUUUGUUGUUUGUUCCUUGAAAGUGCAUAGGGUAGGAUUUGUCCACUUUAUUUUGAGUGUUUCAAAGGAAUAAUGAUAGUGAAAUGGGUAAAAAAAACAUCUUUCUGUUUUGCCAUUUCAAUUCAUUCGGGUAUUUAUUAUCAUUGUCCACAAUCACAACCCUAUUUGAAAAUUUGUAUUUUGUGUAUAUAUUU